GAGUUUUGUAACAAUAACUUGCUUGUAUUUGAUUAUUUAUUUGCCAAAAUAUUAAGGUAUAUAUAUGUUACAUUUACAGCUUUAAUUUGGUAAAUGUUUUUUAAUGACCAUUACAGACUAGUUUAAACGUCUUGAAACGUAUGCUUCUGCGUAUUCAGAGAAACGCAAGGACACGCAGACGCAACAGGCCCUUGCGCGCUCCUUGCGUGCCUUUUCACUCCAGGCUUUUUCCUUGAGUUCAGUUUGUCCUGCAAACAAAUCCCGCCUUCAUUUCUGGGACUGACGGACGAAACAUCCAAUCAUCAGUCUCCGGGCGUUGAGCCCGUUGGAGGUGGACCAAUCGAUCCAAAGCUUCACCGAUGGCCGCCGAGAAAGAAAUAUGGCAGAAGAUUGGCGAGGGCUUUGUCCAAGAAUAUUAUAACCAGUUUGACAAUACCAACAGGACAACUCUGGGUGACCUAUACAGUGCCGAUGCCUGUUUGACGUGGGAAGGUUCCAGCUUUCCUGGGAAAGCCGCCAUCGCUGGCAAAUUAGCUAGUUUGCCAUUUAAGUCAAUAAAGCACAUUAUCACAGAACAAGACUUUCAGCCCACGGUGGAUAGUUGUAUCUUCAUCAUGGUCUUUGGACAGUUGAAGGUAGAUGAUGAUCCACCGAUGGCUUUUCACCAGGUGUUUAUGCUGAAGCAUCAUGCGUGCUCAUGGGUCUGCACAAACGAUGUGUUCCGGUUGGGGAUACACAACAUACCAGUGUAGCGAUUUUAUUGGUUAAUAGAUACUAUUCUGUGGUUAAACCGUCAGUAAUAAAACAAGGGAUUGUAUGCAGUAGUUAUUUCAGGUUUACAUUACAUCAAUAAGCAGAUUAAUUGUUAUAUAAUGUCAAAUUGCAUUACUGUCCAAUAAAAAGACUUUCAGUCUCAACUCCUGGAUGUUUUUUGGUUGA